CCCACAGCACACCGGUGCAACAUGGCGUCGAAGAAACUGGAAGAUUUGAAUGUAACGCAAGACGAAUUGAAACGAAUAGGUGACGCUUUGAAAGAUGAAAACUUUCGAAAACUAUUUCUUGAAUAUGCCCAAGAGAUAUCUGAUCCAGAAAACAGGCGUCUCUACGAGCAAGAAAUAUCUCAAAUGGAAAAUGAGCGAGGGAUGAAUGUGGAGUUUAUCCAUCCGAAACCGGGUCAUGUUUUGGAAACAAGCGUGAAUGGUACGACCAAAGCUUUCAUUAAUAUUUGUCAUAAUGAUAAACUUGCAAAGCCAACAAACACGCGACAGAUGGGUCCGAAUGGUAAGAGUGGUGUAAUGUGGCAGAUCCCUCACUCACUGUCCCCUCUUCGUGACGACCAAGAUAAAGGCGAAAAAUGUCAAGUUUUCGAUGCUGUUUUUCAUCCUGACACCUAUAGAAUGUCGGAGACCAACGAUCGGUUUCUUAAACUGGUGCACGAUACAGCUAUUGAUGCCAUUGAAAAGCAGUUUGAUGUGAAACUUGACAGACAGAAUAUCAAGAGAACCAAAAUGGAUUUCAAAGGCAUUCCCCAGGCUUCAGUAAUUAGAACGAAACAAGCAAAUGGCCAGGAAAAGAGCAGUGGCACCAGUGAAGCAGCUGACAUUCUCAAAAAUAUGCCAUAUCCAUAUGAUGACAAAACAACAGCAGAGAAAAUGAAAGAAAGAGAUGCUGAGAUUGCUAAACGAGAAGAAGAGAAAAAGAAAAAGGAAGCCAAAACAAAGAAAUCUAAAGCAAUAAAAGAGUCCAAAGCCACUGUGCCAGAGUACACAAUAACCCACAGAUCUGACUUGGACCUUCAAGAGUACCGCAAUGCUCCUGAUGCUCGGACUUCAACUCGCCCUAAAGAUUUAGUGGUAAAAGUGUUCCUGCCACUUCUGACGUCAGCUGGAAAUGUUGACCUUGAUGUCUUUGAGCAGAGAUUGAAGGUGGAAUCUCAAACACCAGCAGCCUAUAAACUAGACAUCAAACUUCCCUAUAAUGUUGUUGAAGAUGAAGGAUCUGCCAAGUUUGACAAGACGAAGAAAUGCUUGACAAUAACACUUCCUGUCGUCCCUUUGGAAACUCCAAAGCUGCCAUCUUUUAUUGAAGAUGAGAAGCGCAUAAAUGGGGAUGCACAUGACACCAGCGAAAAUGAAAUAUCUGAAAGUCCUAAAAUUGAAGUCUUGUCCUCUCUUGAAACUCAGGCAGACAAACCAGAUGAAACGGCUGUACAGGAUUUGCAGGAAUCAAAUCACACUUCUGAAAAACCUGUCAAUUCGCCACCUCAGUCUGCAGCAUUCUCACUUCCAGAUUACACAUACAAUCAAGACCAUGAAACUAUCUCGUUUAUAUUCAACGUCAGAAAUAUUUCAUCAGAGACAGUGACAAAUUCCUUCCCAGACUCCAACAGCAUUAGGAUCAGUUUUGUUUCCAUUGGCUCAGGCUGUUUUCCUAUGUACUAUUCCACAUAUUUGAAGUUUGACCCUUCGUGCAAACUGGCUAGUGACCAUUGCACCACUGACCUUUCGGAGAUGAACUUAGUGCUUGUUCUCCUGAAGGACAAAUCCUGCCGAGGGAUGUGGGACAGAUUUGAAGCUGGCGUCGAUGCUGCACAUCUGGAGGAGAAGCUGCUGCUGACGGAUGUGAGUCUACAGAGACAGCUGUCAGAGCUAGACGAAGAGGCUGAGGAACUAGAACUAGCCAAGAAACAUCCCGGACAAAGUCCAUACCUUCAAGUGACCGAAAUGAAGGAUAAAAAACUUGCCAUUAACAUCAGGGCUCCACUUCAAGAUGAAGAAGACAAUGAAUAUGACACACCAUCUUCAGCAGAUAUUGAAGUGGUCCACAAGAAAGCACUUCCCAAACUACACAGCAUUCUGAAACAGAGGACUUUAUCGGAGUCCAGUGAUGAUCAUCUUUGCAGUGGGGGAGAGUCUCGCAGCAGUGGGGAUGCUCGUAGUGGAGGAGAGUCUCCUCGAUCUGGGCCAGAGGACAGUCCACUCGAAGGCUGCAGUAAGAAAUGUGUCACCUUCAACAGUCACAUUGACAGUGCCACAUACAAGAAGAACACCGCCCCAACCAGCAUGAAGACUGCUCUGAAGAGUAAACGAAGACGUGCCAGGAAGAAGGAGGAGAAGAAGGCUAAUGGAAGAAGACGCAAGAACAGUGGUUCAGAGGGAAGCAGUGGGGAGGAGCUGAGUCAUGACUCUCACUCCCCUGCUGAGGACAAGGAGGAAGAUGAUCACUUUGAGCAGAUUGCAGAGGAGGAGGAAGGCGAGAAGGUGGAAGGAAAGAAGGGAAGAAAAGUUGAUGCUAAAGGAGCUGGAGAGGGAAGUGUGAAGGCUGAAAAAGAUAACAAAGAUUUUAGGACUAGUGCCAGUAGUGUUGGCAGUGAGAUGAGUGUGUGUGAGAAGAAGAAGAAAAUGGUGGAGGCGAUCAAGACCAAUGUGGCAGCAUGUGAUAUUUCCCAGGCAGCUGAUAGUGAUGAUGAUGGAAAUGAUGAUGAUGUUGAGAGGACUUGCAUCAAGGCUGCUCCUUGUGUGAAUGAUGUGUGUGAGAAGAAUGAGAAUCAGGCAGCUGGUAAGGAUGUGAGAGAUGCUACACGGAAAAGCUUCAAGGAAGAUGAGGAGGGUAUAUUGUCUCGGGCCAGCAGCACUUCUGAUGCUGGGGAUCUCAGAAAAGUAGCUGAAGCUCAGGAUUCCUCUGUUAUAAAAAUACAAGCAGAGGAGGACAGUGAUAUUGAGUCAGGAAAGUGCAACGAAUCACAGAAGAUCAAGGCUCCAUUGAUACAGGAUGUGGAAGAAUGUAACAAGGGAGACAACUCCAGCAAUCCAGGGGACAGCAAGAUUGAGACAGUUCUCAGCUGGGAAGAGCAUGACAGUGGCUUGGAUCCGAAUGACCACAAGACACAAUGUGCCUUCAGCUUCAGUAACUCUGUGAUUUACGACCUUGAUGUCGAUUAAAGAUCUCCACUACUUUCAUUGUAGCAAUACAUAUAUCGUAACACUGAAGUUGUUACAGAUUUGGGGAAUUCUUUUAUAGCUUUUGGGAAACAAGCAUCAUAAUGGUUUUACAGAACUAAUUCAAGUGAAUGUACAUAAAUGGUUUCCUUUUGUAAUUACUAGCAUAUAGUAUGUGAUUUAUUUUUGUAUAAUCUAACCAAGCUCUCCUGGAUAGGAUUGUGUUUUUUUAUUGUUGAUGUAAUAGCUUCUGAAAUUAGGGCAAUAUGAACUAAAUAUGACAUUUUGUAUUUUUAAAGUACCACUUCCAAGAGUGUGAUAGUUCAUUUUCCACAUAUGCUCACUAACUGGUGCAUGACCACAAUGUUUGUGAGAAGACGUUUACACAUGCUUGCAAUGAAUUGUUAUGGUGAUGAAAAAAUUAUUAUGCAUUAUUCUCCUCAUAAAUCAGUAUUCUAAAGGAGUUUUGAAAAACUAUUUUGAUGAGAUAGAAACCUAAUAUUAGGUACAUUUUUAAGAAAAUGAUUACUAGUAUUUUAAUGAAAAUAUAUUUUCUGAAGGAUUCAUUGAAUACUAUAUAUUCUAUGAGAAGUUUCUAAAAUAUAUAAACAGAAUUUUCUUACUGUGGUUUAAGUAUCAAAGUUAAAUGAAACAUUCAAUCUUAUUUUUGAAUAAUUCUUGUAAGAUGUGCUUUGUUUUUGCUAUGAACCAUUCAUGAAUAUUCUAUGAUGUUUUCAUUGAUUAUGAUUUAGCUUAGAUAAUCAGUUUUCUGAAGUACUAUCAUUCCAUUACAAAUAUGAAGUAUUGUUCAUUCAGUGUGUCCCCUGUCCCAAGACAGUUACGUUAUUUGUCACCCAACGCUCACAUAGCUGCGGUAGCCAUAUCUCUGUGGUGGUCCUUGACCUUGACGUGUUGCUACAAGGGGCUACACUGCCUACAGACUGUACCAGUGUUGUUCUUACAGAUCCAUAAUGUUGGCUUGUGUCCAGUUUAGAUGCUUGAGCAUUGUGCAUCUGUUAUCAUCUACUGACAUAUGCAACAAGGUUCAUUUUAAAAGACACUUUAAACACUCGUACGUAUAUUUUGGAUCAUGUAAUAAUAUUUUUACUCUAUAAGACAUUCUCUUCCCACAGAGUUUACUCCUGUCAUAUAUUCCUACAAACCUCUGUACUAAUAUGGCCAUAUUUCCUGGUUCUCGUAAAAUCCCCUAGCGGCAAAAAAUCGCGACACGAAUUGUCUCCCUUCUUUCUAUCCAAUCUGAUCACGUGUUACAUCGACUUAGAUCCAAUAUGGCGGCCGCCAUGGAGUUAGUUGAUCAAUAUGCAAAGGAUAGAUUCGGUAUUUCAUGUUUAACUGAAAAGCAGAAACUAGCGCAAUAGAGAGUGCAGGAAUCAUCAACAAGAUGUUUUUGUUGAUGUGACACACGACAUUUAAUGGCUAGCAUGUCCGUUGUCAACGAGGGCAAUGGAGACGCCUGGGAUUACAUGACUGGGUUCUGUCUGCGUCGUGCUGGAGAAGAGGUUCUAGUUUUCCCGAAGCAUACGGAAAUUACCAAAGCUUUGCGAAUGAUCACUUUUGAAACAACGUCGCUGAUUGCACAACUAAAUCUGAUUGCAACCAAUCACGAUUCCAGAACACUCGCACCACGAAAGGGCCGUAUUAGAUCAGAGGUUACUUAUGACAGGAGUAACCUCUGGGAAGAGAAUGUCUAUAAGUUGGAAACAAGAAUGGUCCAGAUGUUUUAUCUGCUAUUGUGCUCAGCCAAAAAUCUGCACCCUCUUGAUAAGAACAUAGAAAGUGGCAUGAUAAAAAAUAUAAGUAUAUACAUCGAAGGCAGAUGUUUUAGAAAGAGGACUAUGUUGAGUUGAUAUACAAUUGGAUUACAGUUGCUGAACUACAUGGCAGGGUUGUUAGUGCAGCAUGUUCUGAAUCGGGAAUCUUGAGAGAGAUCUCUAUGGAACAGCCCACAACACAAUAGCAACAGGCCAACAUCAGAUUGUUUGUUUAUAUUAUAGAGAGCAGAGAUAUGGUUCUUGCAGCUCCACUCAUAUAUAAUUCCUACAUAUUUAGGUGGGAGAUUUUCAGAGUGUCCUCACUUGUAAAGUCACUCUGGACAUGCUGUCACUGUGAAAGGUCACCAAAUCAUUAGAUGAUAGAAGCCUAGUUUGUAUAAUACUAGAGUACUGUGGUGGAACAAGGGUGUUGAAGGGUGGACCUACAGUGACUUGGCUGAGGUUGCAGUUAACAAGGAAAGUGUGGAAGAGGUGCAUUACCACCCUGCCUGGUCUCAACCUCACCCCACCUCGCCCGCCCCACCUGCAGCAACCUGAGGCUCUGCUGGUGACGUGUAAUUGUUUAUGUUAGUUUUUACAUCAUGUUUUGGUGCAUUCAUCAAAUUUCAUUCAUCACAGGGUUUUUAUAGGGUGUAAUAUUUUUCACUGAAGUUGAACUUAUAAGACAGACAUCUGCCGCAUUGCUGAGAUUUUGGCCAAGUUUGAAACUGUUAAUUUUUUUCUAUCAAACUAUGAAACAUGCAUUUUAAUGUGUGUUUUUUUUGUGUGUGAGAAAUCCAGGCAUGCUUCACAGAGAAUAAUUUAUCUGUAACAUCAAUGUAAUUUAUCACAGAUGAACCUGUUUCAUUUUAGUGUCAAAUUUGAUGUAUCCAUGUUUUGACAAAUAAUUCAGCCAUACCAUUGUUGAUUUUCAUGUUGAUCUUAUUUCAUGAGCAUCAUCAGUGAAACAGUUUAUCUGACAAUCCUGAAUUCCUUCAGAAGCGGUUAACCAUUUCAUCUUGGCUUUGUUUGGAUAGGGUGAUUUCCGACAAUCGAUCUUGGAGAACAUUUGCCAUGUUUAUGCGUAUUUUGCAGUGUUUUGUUUAACCAUUUUGUGUUAGGAACGUGCAAAACAGCUGGCCAUCACUUGUUAACAUUUGUUAUUUUGUAUUUCACACUUUUGUAUUGUGUAUGUGAUAAUUUGUGUACUAUACGUUUGUUGAUUGAGCAGAGUUGAGUGGCAUGCUUUGACUAGAGCAAGAGAUGGUUGGUGAUUGGAUGCAUGAAUUGGGAAUAUUGAUGGAAAAUAAAUUCCUGGACAAACAGA